GCACUCACCUCCUGCAAGUGCAAAGAGAAUUAAAAGGGUGUAAAGCCAUCGGAACAGUGCUUGGCCCCGAGAGAGGCUACAGAAGCACUCUUAAAUAAAUAAAUGGCUUCAGCCCUGUCUAGUCCCGAGGUUUGGGCUCCUGCCAUUCCCACCCAGAGAGCCCUGGGUGGAGGCCCCACUGAUGCUGCAGAGCAUCUGCCCUGUGCCCCCCACGCAGCAGGCACUUUCCAAUCCUUCUGUCAGCCUCACUCCAGCAGGAUAAGAGGAGGCUUCGUGAGCCUCGUUCCCAAGAUGAGGGAACAGACCCCGAGGGGACCACACCACCAGCAGGUGACAGGGUGGGACCAGGCCAGGUCUGUCUGCCUCUGAGACUGGGCCUAGGAGAGGACCGGCCCAAGCGACGCCCACCUAGCGCCUCCUUGGUCUGGAACUCGGGCUGGGGCCGGCCUGGAGGGCACGCUCUGCCCACCAGGCUGCGUGACUCCUGGGGUGUCCCUGCCUGCAUAGUAGCCUCACUGGUGGUCGUAAGGGCCCCUCGAAGGGGCCCUGGACACCUGCGUGGGAACAAGGGCAGCCCACCUCUCUCCAGCUGUUUCAUGCUCCAGCCCAGCCAGUGCAUCGCGUGCAUGCAUCUGAGAGGCGGGGAGAUUGAGAACAGCUGCCUCCGCCUGGAUUCUCCCAGAACUCGCCUGGCAACAGCCGGCCAAGGUCCUCACACCAUCCUGGAGAACAAGCAGACUGCGUGGUGCGGGAGUCUCCCUGGAGCAGAUUCUGCGGCCGCAGGCUCCUGCAGAGCGUGAAGGAGACCUCAGUUAUUCCUCCGGCCUGUUCAGCCCAAACCGUCUUUUGUGGCCACCUCCUUGGGAGGCUCAGGGCUCCCACCCGCCGAGGAAGAGCCAUGAAGAAGCGGUCCAUGCUGCUGGCCCUGGUGGCCGUGGUCCUAAUGCUCCUUAUCAUUGGCCUCUGCGUCUGGCUGCCUGAGACCUUCAAGCCCCACAGCCACGUGUACCCCAGAGCUGCCGUGGCUGCGGAUGCCAAGCGCUGUUCAGAGAUCGGGAGGGAUGCAUUGCUGGACGGCGGCUCAGCGGUGGAUGCUGCCAUCGCGGCCCUGCUGUGCGUGGGGCUCAUGAACGCACACAGCAUGGGCAUCGGGGGUGGCCUGUUUCUCACCAUCUACAACAGCACCACACGAAAGGCUGAGGUCAUCAAUGCUCGAGAGGUGGCCCCUCAGCUGGCCUCUGCCGGCAUGUUCAACAGCUCAGAGCAGUCGGAGGAAGGUGGGCUGUCGGUGGCGGUUCCAGGCGAGAUCCGCGGCUAUGAGCUGGCACACCAGCGGCACGGGCGGCUGCCCUGGGCUCGCCUCUUCCAGCCCAGCAUCCAGCUGGCCCGCCAGGGCUUCCCUGUGGGGAAGAGCUUGGCGGGAGCCCUGCAGAGAAGCCAGGCUGCUAUCCGGCGGCACCCUGAGCUGUGGCACGUCUGUGGUCCCUACUGCGAGGUGUUCUGCCGGGAUGGGAAGGUGCUGCAGGAGGGGGACCGAGUGACCAUGCCUCGGCUGGCCGACACCUACGAGACGCUGGCCUCGGAGGGCGCUCAGGCUUUCUACAAUGGGAGCCUCACGGCCCAGAUUGUCAAGGACAUCCAGGAGGCCGGGGGCAUCGUGACGGCCGAGGACCUGAACAACUACCGCGCAGAGCUGAUCGAGCACCCACUCCACAUCAGCCUCGGGGACGCCCAGCUCUAUGUGCCCAGUGCCCCGCUCAGCGGGCCAGUGCUGGCCCUCAUCCUCAACAUCCUCAAAGGGUACAACUUCUCCCGGGAGAGCGUGGAGACACCUGAGCAGAAGGGCCUGACCUACCACCGCAUAGUGGAGGCCUUCCGGUUUGCCUAUGCCAAGAGGACCCUGCUUGGGGACCCCAAGUUUGUCAAUGUGACUGAGGUGGUCCGCAACAUGAGCUCCGAGUUCUUCGCUGCCCAGCUCCGGGCCCGGAUCUCCGAUGACACCACUCACCCGGCCUCUUACUAUGAGCCCGAGUUCUACACGCCGGAUGACGGGGGCACCGCCCACCUGUCCGUGGUCUCAGACGAUGGCAGUGCUGUGUCGGCCACCAGCACCAUCAACCUCUACUUCGGUUCCAAGGUGCUGUCACGGGCCAAUGGGAUCCUGUUCAACGAUGAGAUGGAUGACUUCAGCUCCCCCAACAUCAUCAACAAGUUCGGGGUGCCCCCCUCACCGGCCAACUUCAUCACGCCAGGGAAACAGCCGCUCUCGUCCAUGUGCCCGGCGAUCAUCGUGGGUCAGGACGGCCAGGUCCGCAUGGUGGUGGGUGCCUCUGGGGGCACGCAGAUCACCACGUCCACUGCACUGGUAUGUGCCACCUGCCUGUGCCCCCAGCCCCUUGCCCGCUGGGCUACACUGACCCCAUCCCCUCAUCCGCAGGCCAUCAUCCACAGCCUGUGGUUCGGCUACGAUGUGAAGCAGGCAGUGGAGGAGCCCCGGCUGCACAACCAGCUUUUGCCCAACACCACGACGCUGGAGAAAGACAUUGACCAGGCAGUGGCUGCAGCCCUGAAGACCCGGCACCACCACACCGAGGUCACUUCUACCUUCAUUGCUGUGGUACAGGCCAUUGUCCGCACAGCUGGUGGCUGGGCGGCUGCCUCAGACUCCAGGAAAGGCGGGGAGCCUGCGGGCUACUGAGUACUCAGGCAGGCAAGGUGGACCAGCAGCCCAGGGAUGAGAUGUCCGCUGGGGGUGGGGGGCUGGGAGUGGGACUUUGGGGGACAUGCUUCCCCUGUGAGCGGCAAAGCAGUGCAAUAAAUGGGGGCUGCAGUGCCAGGCUCUGGGCGG